AUGGGUAAAAAGAUAAAGAAGGAAGUAGAACCUCCUCCUAAGGAUGUGUUUGAUCCAGUAACGAUUGAAAGCAAAAAAGCAGCAACUGUGGUAUUAAUGCUUAAUUCUCCAGAAGAAGAAAUUUUGGCUAGAGCAUGUGAAGCCAUCUAUAAAUUUGCUUUGAAAGGUGAGGAAAAUAAAGUGACCCUCCUUGAACUUGGAGCUGUAGAGCCUUUAAGUAAACUGCUCACUCAUGAAGACAAAACUGUAAGAAGAAACGCUACUAUGACAUUUGGAAUCCUGGCUUCUAAUAAUGAUGUUAAAAAAUUGUUAAGGGAGUUAGAUGUCAUGAAUUCUGUUAUUGCCCAGCUCGCUCCAGAAGAAGAAGUAGUUAUCCAUGAGUUUGCUAGUCUUUGUCUAGCAAACAUGUCUGCAGAGUAUACCAGUAAAGUGCAAAUAUUUGAACAUGGCGGAUUAGAGCCACUCAUCAGACUGCUGAAUAGCCCAGACCCGGAUGUAAAGAAGAAUUCUAUUGAAUGCAUUUACAACUUGGUACAGGAUUUCCAAUGUCGCGCUGCACUUCAAGAACUAAAUGCAAUCCCUCCUAUGUUAGAUCUCUUGAAGUCAGAAUACCCAAUUAUUCAGUUGUUGACUCUCAAAACCUUAGGUGUUAUUACAAAUGAUAAGGAGUACCGAGCAAUGCUAAGAGACAAUCAAGGACUGGACCACCUUAUUAAGAUCCUAGAAACUAAGGAACUGAACGACCUUCACAUAGAAGCACUUUCAGUGAUAGCGAAUUGUCUUGAAGAUAAGGAUACUAUGGUACUGAUUCAGCAGACGGGGGUUCUUAAAAAGCUCCUAUCAUUUGCAGAAAACUCCACAAUUCCUGAUAUUCAGAAGAAUGCAGCAAAAGCAAUUACUAAAGCAGCUUAUGAUUCUGAAAAUAGGAAACUUUUUCACGAACAAGAGGUUGAAAGGUGCCUCGUAGCCCUUUUGGGGUCUGAAAAUGAUGGUACUAAAAUUGCUGCUUCCCAAGCUAUUUCCGCAAUGAGUGAGAAUUCAGGCAGCAAAGAUUUUUUCAAUAAUCAGGGGAUUCCCCAGUUAAUUCAGUUGUUAAAAAGUGACAACGAAGAGGUAAGGGAGGCGGCAGCUCUAGCCCUGGCCAACUUGACCACUUGCAAUCCUGCUAAUGCAAACGCUGCCGCUGAAGCUGAUGGUAUUGAUCCAUUAAUAAACAUCCUGUCUUGUAAACGAGAUGGAGCCAUUGCCAACGCCGCCACCGUAUUAACAAACAUGGCAAUGCAGGAGCCCCUGCGCGUGAACAUUCAGAAUCGCGACAUUAUGCGCGCCCUCACCAGGCCCCUGCGGUCUGCGAACAUGGUCGUGCAGAGCAAAGCUGCUCUCACAGUGGCUGCAACGGCGUGCGACGUUGAGGCCCGCACGGAGUUAAGAAACUCUGGUGGAUUGGAGGCCCUUGUUGAGCUCCUGUACUCCAAGAACGAUGAAGUCAGAAAGCACGCCAGCUGGGCGGUGAUGGUCUGUGCCAGUGACGAGCUGACGGCCAAUGAACUGUGCAGGUUGGGGGCUUUAGAUAUCCUUGAAGAAGUUAACCUAUCAGUAAGUCGAAAAAAUAAAUUCAGCGAAGUAGCUUAUAACAAAUUGCUCAACAACAAUCUUUCCCUGAAAUAUAGCCAGACUGGCUAUUUGUCAUCAAGUAACAUAAUUAGUGAUGGAUUUUAUGACUAUGGUCGGAUAAAUCCUGGCACCAAACUUUUGUCUUUGAAGGAGCUUUACUUACAAGAACCAAGUGACCUACGAGCUGUACUCUUAAUCAACAGUAAAUCUUUUGACGCUUCUCCACCUCCAUCUAUGGAAGAUAAAUUAUCAGAUGUUGGUUAUGGACGAAAUAUUUCUUCUUCAUCUUCCUUACGAAGAGCAAGCAAAGAAAGGAACAAAAAAAAAAGUUAUCGUUUCAGUGCUGGAUUUGGGUCUCCCACAGAAGACAAGUCAGAGCCUCCUUCUGGACGAAAUACUGUUCUUAGCAAAAGUGCCACUAAGGAAAAAGGAUCAAGGAAAAGAGGCAAAAAAGAAGAGGAAAAAUUGAAGGAGGAGGAAGAGUUCAUGACAAUAUCAAAACUGGCUGGUGAAGGAAGCUCUGAUAAAGAAUGGUAUCCUCCCUCUGACCCUGACUUCUGUGCGUAUGUGUAUGAGGUGACCAAAUCAAUACUGCCCAUAACCAAUAUUAAGGAACAGAUUGAGGCACUUGCAAGGUAUGUGGCAGAAAAAAUGGGUGGUAAGAUUCAAAAAGAGAAACUACCAGAUUUCAGCUGGGAACUUCACAUAAGUGAACUAAAAUUUCAACUUAAAUCCAAUGUUGUACCAAUUGGACAUAUCAAAAAAGGAAUCUUCUACCAUCGAGCUUUGCUUUUCAAGGCUCUGGCCGAUAAGAUCGGCAUCGGCUGCUCUCUCGUUCGAGGGGAGUACGGCAGAGCGUGGAAUGAAGUGAUGCUGAUGAACGAAUCUCUGAAAGGAGUGACGGGGGGCCUCCCCCAUCUUGAGGGGUACAUCGUCGACCUCAUGUUCCAUCCAGGUGGACUGAUAAAGCUAAAGAGUCGAGAGGCUGAUCUUUACAGAUUUCUCUAAACUAUCAAGUAAACACAAGAGGAGUUCAAACAUGAAAUUUACUAUAUACAC